CUUGACUUUUGGCAGCAGAGGUGUGGAAAUGUUUCGUAGUCGAGCAGAGGCUGUUUUGUGCGAGCAGAGACCGUUUUGUACGGAUCCCUUCCGUAGUAUUGUACUCGGGGGCAAUUUAUAAAUGAUAUUUUGAGUGCAACGUUUGAAGACAGUUUGCAAAACAAGUUUUUUUUGUGUGAAACAUAUUUUUUUGUGUGCAACGUUUUGGCAGGAAACUAAACCCAUACUAAAUAUUUAUCCACUUUUACAGGCGUCUUGUGACGCCUGUAAAAGUUGAUUUUUUUAUUUUUAUUUUGAGGCGUUGCCUUAAGGGAAAGUUUCUCUGUGCUUUCGGUUUCCUUCUUACGCUGCAGCCAUGGAUAUGGAACGUGUCAGACAAGAACAAUUUCUGAAAAUUCAACAAGAUUUCAAAACAAAUGCCUUCAAGAUCAUCAAGGAGAUGGUUGAUUGGUGCAAUAAGACUAUCGGAAGUAAACACCUGGUGGACGAGAUACUUCAGAGCAUCUUCUUUCUGGGAAAAAUCAACAAAGUGCCCUUCUCUCCGGAGGAAAUUAUCCCUGAGAAGGAGCUGCUCAGUCAGCUGAAGGAGAAAUACAGCAGGCCAUUCCAGUGCUAUGAGACUCAGGUUCCCAGGCGGAGCCCAUUCUCCUGUGUUCUGGACAUGGUUGUCCUGCGGCAGGGUCCUGAAAACGAAAACCAGAUCAAACAGAUUCUGAGCGAUCUGGUCAAACGUUUGAAACCAGGUUUCCUGGUCUCCUCCACUAUCUGCGUCUCUAAGUCCAACAAGUCAAGCAAGCAAUAUGGAGUCUCCAUGUCCACCAAUGGUCCCAAUGCUGGCAGAAUUGUGAUCGCUGCCUCCUGUUUGAGCUCUUACUGGGACGAUUUUAUAGCUGGCGCAGUGAUGACCUACUAUCCUGAGAAGACCAAGAAGCAGUACUUCGAUGGAACCAUCAGACUACCUGCAGGCGUCACAUGCAAAGCAUAUAGCAUCAACAAUGGGUCUGAGAUGGAGCCCUGCAAAUCAUGUGGGAAUCUCUUUGGCUUACACACGACGUGUAACAAAGAGUGGCCCUAUGGGAAUUGUGCUGAAGUUGAGAGUCUGAGCAACCUGUUUAAAAAAGAUUCAGAAACCAAACAGCAAUCCGCACCAACAUCUGACACCUGCACGCCAGAGAACAGAGAGAAGGCCAGACAGGCUACUCUGAAGGUGCUCCAGAAAACCCUGAAAAUGAUCCAGUUUAACAAAUGGAGCGGUGAAUUUUACAGAGCAUCAGUCUAAUUGUCCCAGAGAGAGGGCUGAUAUUGUUUAAUGCCAGUCUUUAGACACAAGUUAUGUGAUUCUUUGUUGAUCAAAAACGCUUUUCUUCAAUGUUUCAUCAUGUGUUCCUCUCUCUGUCAUCAAAAAUUCAACCAAGCAUACUAUAUCAUCUUGUACUGUUGUUGUUGUGCUAUUAAAAUAUGUUACUGCUAACAAAAAUUAUUCAUGAAUUCAGUGCUAAAAUGUAUAAUAAAAAUAUGUCUUUUUGUGGCAGCGUAAGGUAAACUUACUUAUGGACGGGUUUUGUUGUCAUGAAGGAUGCAAACAUAAGCACAUUCAAAAUAAACUUCUAUUUGCGCCAUC